GAGGGAGGAGGCGAGCGGGAACUGUCUGUUCCUUUCCUCGUUUCCUGACGGACGUCAGUGUUCCGUCCUUUCACCUUCUCAUGUUUGUGCCCCCACCCGACCCGUUACUCCGCCUGCCGUUUAGAGAAUGAGGAUGAGGAGGAAGGAAAAAAAAUGAAGACAAUUAUACAACAGCUCCCUUUCAUUUGUACCCCAACCGGCGUCGAGUGCGACCGCGGCGCUCCGCAGCAUGUCGGCCGGCGGCAGCGACGCCACCGCGGGCGGGCCAGCAGAUGGUGCUGCAGAGGACGAGGGCCAAAGUCAGGCAGCCUCCUCGCUGCCAAGGAAACGGAAAGGAGACGCAGAGGAGGAGAGGCAAAGCCUCAGCUUUCACAUGGAGGAGGAGGACCUCUGCAGAUCUGAGAGGAAAGAUCAGCAAGUCAAAAUGAAGUGCUUCAGGGAGCCUCACCGUCAGAUCGAGAAGCGGCGGAGGCAUAAAAUGAACAACCUCAUUGACGAACUGUCUGCUAUGAUCCCGGCCUGCCAACCCAUGGACAAGAAACUUGACAAGCUCACUGUGCUGCGGAAGGCUGUGCAACACCUAAAGGCCCUCAAAGCUGGCAGGAGUCGCAGUGCCACAAAUGGCACCGUGUAUAGACCUUCCAUCCUGCCUGAUGAAGACCUCAGGCACAUUCUGCUCAGGGCUGCAGAUGGUUUCCUGUUAGUGGUGUGCUGUGAUAGGGCAAAAAUCCUCUUCAUCUCCGAGUCUGUCUGCAAGGUCCUCAACUUUAGCUCGUUGGAGCUGACUGGACAGAGCCUGUUUGAUUUCAUCCACCCCAAAGACAUCAGUAAGAUGAAAGAGCAGCUGUCCACUUCAGAGACACACCCCCAGCCACGCCUCAUCGAUGCCGCCACUGGGGUUCAGGUCCAGUCCGAAGUCCCCAUUAUGACGUCCCAUUUAUCCUCCGGAGCUCGAAGAACAUUCUUCUGCCGCAUGAAGCACAGCCCAGUUUCUGGCAUGCAUGACGACAAACACUCGCUCAUGGGCACUUGCAAAAAGAAAGACUCUUACAAAUACUGCACUCUGCACUGCAGCGGCUACUUGCGCAGUUGGCCAAGCAACCAACUGGAGUCCAAGAAGGAGAAGGAAAGCUUGAAUAUGACUUGCCUGGUGACGGUGUGCCGCGUCCACGCUCAUGUCUCCCACCAGCCUUCCAAAGACAACAUCAACGUCAAGCCCGCCGAGUUCGUCACCCGCUGUGCAAUCGACGGCAAGUUCACUUUUGUUGACCAACAAGCCACAACAUUCAUCGGUUACCUGCCGCAGGAAGUCCUCGGCACGUCGUGUUACGAGUAUUUCCACCAGGAUGACUUGCAGCAUCUCGCAGAGAAACAUAGACAAGUUCUUCGAAGCAAGGAGAAGAUUAAGACGCAGUGCUACAGGUUCAAAACAAAAUAUGGCUCUUAUGUUUUUCUCCAGAGUCAGUGGUUUAGUUUCACAAAUCCAUUUACCAAAGAAGUUGAGUUUAUCGUGUCACUAAACAGAGUUAUCACCAGGGGGCCUGCUCACACAAACUAUGAAGGAGGCAGCUCAGCAGCUCUUCAAGAAGAUACAAAGCAAAUACCUAUAAUUCCCGGCCUCUCCAGCAGCGUCGGCACAAUGAUCUAUGCAGGCAGCAUAGGAACCCAAAUUGCAAAUGAGCUCAUCGACUCUUAUAGGAUGAAUUCAUCUCCAACAGGCGGUGCUUCCAGUCCGUUUGGUUUGGCUCAGGCUAAAGGUCUGCAGGUUUCCCCGCACACCAGUAAAAGUGUGUCCAGCAGAGAGGAGGCAACAACCGAUUCUCAGUCCCAGUCUGAGUCGAGGAAAGCAGAGGGCGCCAGCAGUGCAGCAUCUGAAAACAGAGGCGAGCUGUCCCAGCUGGACCUGGACAGCGUGAUGAUGCCGAGUUUGAGCAGCUUCAGCAGCGACGAUGCAGCCUUGUCAGUCAUCAUGAGCCUGUUGGAGACGGAUGUUAAUGUGGAACAAACGGGCGACUUUGAGGAUUCAAACUGGCCUUUUUAGCCAGCAUGUAAAGCCGUAGCCCCUCCCCCUUUUUUUUUUAAAGUGCUCAUGUUGCCAGGACUGUUCAGUCAAUCGUCCUGUGAGUGAUCUGGUCUUGCACAUUCAAACCCACUGGAUUCCUACCAAACGAUGUCUGUUUUGAGCUUUUUAUAGUUAAAAAUUGGUUAAAUUGGUUUGAGCUCUCACAAUCCUGUUGGGACCACUGGCUCGCUCCCAAAGGACAACUUGAGUUGGAUCUUCCCUCUUUCUGGUGGUGAAUGAAUUAUUUCCGCCCUGAAGGUUUAUGGAGAGCUAAUCUACUUCAUACUGCUGGAUUAAUGACUUCAACUCAUACCAUUUCAAAACGUUUGUGAUCUGUGAUAAUGAUUUUCAUAUUUCUCAUAACACGAUCUCACUGGCCCGUUUUUGAUAGAUAUAGAUAGAAAAGUCAGAGGUUUAGGCCCCGCCCACAUCACCACCAUUGUUCUAAUUAAACGCCUUAUGCAGCCACAGUUGCAAGAAUAAAAAUUUAAAAGAAAUUAAGAUGAUUGUAACACGUGCAUAAUCUGAAAUUACUAAAUGGCUGCAGUUUACUAAUUUGUUCAUGCGGUUAACGAAAUUUUGCAGCCCCAAUGAUUGACGCCAUUAAUCCUGUGCUUUACCUUCUAAUCCCUGAGGAAAUAUUUUUCUCUCAAAUGGUGCGAUCGUCAAAAGUGAGUAAAGCACUGAGAGGCUGGAUUGUUUAAAAGGCUUCAAAACGAUAACAGUUGCAGAUAAAUAAAUUCCCACCUUGGCAUGCUGUGAUGCCACAGAUGUUGCUGUCGUGUGGAAUUUUUCAAUAUCAGAUUUCAGGGAAGUUUGAAGAAAUCUUCCUGAGCAGCAUAGGAAUGUGACAACAGCCUUAUUGUGAAAACGUAUUACUGUUGUAGUAUUAUAGUUUAUGUCAAGGAAAACAGCCAUACGAGUGGAAUUAUCUGCAUGUAGUUUCUGUUGUCAUCUGAAAUGUGUCGCUAAAGGACUGAACCCUCAUAGGCCUACACUGUGUUCACAUAUCACAUUGUGAAAGAAGCUCUGUCUGCUAAUCUACACUGAAUAUAUCACAACAACAGUGAAGAAAGAAUAUUUGAUAACUGCCUUUUUAAAAAUGUGGCGAGACAAGUAGUAUGAGCUGAUAAUUUGUCAUAAUAGUCCAUGGGUGAAUGUGAGGCAUCAUUGUAAAGUUCUUUGAGCUUCUCAUGCAGAUGGAAAAGUGCUAUAUAAAUGCAGUCCAUUUGUACAAAAAUGCAAGAUCCCAGAAUGAUAUCCAUGAAGGAUUACACAGGGAUCACACAAAAUUUAAAAACAUUCCAAUCAUGUUCCAUAAAGGUAUAGUUUGAACCAUAUAUGACAAAACAUAUGAAGCUAGGGGGUGAAAACAGCAAAAAAGGUGUCAAAGCUCAAUUUCAGUUUGUAUAUGGGUCAACAGUUAAAAGUUGCUCAGAUUUUGGUUAAAAAAAAAAGUAAGUGAUGCAAAGUAUUGGUUGAGUUAGCCUGAUUUUAAAAAGGAAUAGUUUUUUAUGUUGUUUUUUUAUAGUUUUGUUAUGGUUUUUAACUAUUCCAUUAUUUAAUCUUAUUUGCUCAACCAGUAAUAAGUGAAGUUGCUAUUUCAAAAGGUCAUUUGUGAUCAGUUUGACCUGGAAGGCAUAAGCCACCAAUGUUUUGAUAACGAGAUAGAAAAGGUCAAAGCAAAAAGUGAUGGAUAAUUUGAUUUAGGACAUGAUUUUGGACAGGACAGAUGAAAUUUGUGGAAAUGGAUGAUACAGGGAUGAGGUUGGAUGAUUUUCGGUGAUGGACAGUGGUGAAUUUAAGAGCAUUUUUGAAGAAACACGGAGAAGAAAGGAGCUGGUGGCACGGGCAUUCAAGAAAUGAACAUGGCAAUCUUGCUGGACAUGGAGCAAGUUGUCCAACAAAACCAGCCAGAUUAAGAAUUACUACUUAGGACCAAUGACGGGGAAACAAUACCAGACCCCAUGAAGAUUAACAAAGAAAAGUGGACGGAAGAGAAGGACGGAGUGUGGUGGUUAACUUCUAAACUUCUACAAUAUAUUCUUACUGUAAUUUAUUUGACUGAAGAAAACAGUUCUAAUAAUCUUCUAUAACAUCUUACCAGAUCAUUUCACGGAACAAUAUGUGAAAUUUGUCAAAAAACUGUGAUAGAACAUGUGGUUUCAAUCCUUGUCACAAGUGUAAACAAAUGUUGGCAUUUGUCUUUCCCACAAACAGUGAACUCUAUGUGCGCUAAGAUGCUCUGCUUUCAGUAAUUGUACAACUAGUUAACGCUAAAUUAGCUAAAAAUGGAAGUACAGACAGCCAACCUUUGAUACUUUAACAAUAUUUUAAUAUGCCACAGGUCUGAAGCCUGUAAAACAUCAUCAGUGUAUAUAAGAAUAAGAAAAAGUUUAUUAAUCUCGAAUGGCUUUUGUUGUCAUUUUUUGCUGUUUUUACCCCAUAAUUCCAUAACACAAUUUAUAGAUGGACCAAACUGUAUGGAAUCAUUAUGAUUAGAUAAAUAAUGUGGUACACCCCCACAUGAACUCUGGGAAGGUUACCAUACAUUUUGUGUAGGCUGUAGUAUACUGAGGCUGGAUUGCAAGUGUUGUUCAGUCACCUUGGGUAGUACCAACAGAUCACAUUUGGUUGAGCGACACAGGAUGACGUGAGUGCGUUUUGUUUUUAUCCUCAGUGUUCAACAUGUUAACUGUGUUCAUUACAUCACUGCUUCUUUUAAAUUGGUUCUUUUAAUUAUAACAUGAAUGUGUUGCCUUUGCCACGUGUUGUUUGUAACACGGUUCAUUUGGAAAUGACCGGUGUGGCGGUCUUUUAGGCUUUAAAAGCAACAGUUGUUGGUACAGGACAGUGUUUGCUGUUGUCAUCAGUGCCAUUUGAAAAUGAAAGUUUAAAUGCAGAAUAUUGAACACGGAGAGAAAAGUGUGUGAAAUUUGUGUGUGCAUAAUGCUGCUGUAACAAGAAAUGGAGAUUAAAGGUUUAAA